AAAUCAUUAAUGACAAAUUGCUAAGAUAGGUGUUAGUGUAAUUUUACAAUUUUUAUAUUUUUAUUGUUGAAGUCAAUAUUUCUGUUGUUAUCUAAAAUUUUGUAGUCAUGGCAAAUGAUGAGGUGGUUUUAAAACAAUACUUAGCGAAGUAUAAACAUCGAGAAUACACUGCUCGCGAGGUAAUAAAUUUGAUACAAGUGUAUAGGAGUUUGACAUAUCGUUUGGAAGCCUUUGUUUUUAAUAAUGGAUCUAGGAAAGACUUGCUGAAUCUGGACGGUACUAUUCCUGUAAAUUACAAAGGUGCAUAUUACAACAUACCUAUCUCCAUUUGGCUCAUGGACACUCAUCCACAAAAUGCGCCUCUGUGUUUCGUAAAGCCUACUGCAGAUAUGUCGAUCAAAGUGUCAAUCUACGUUGAUAAUAAUGGAAAGAUUUAUUUACCGUAUUUACACGAAUGGUCUCAGAAUGGCUCCACCCUGCAGAAAUUGAUACAAACUAUGAUAACAGCUUUUGGAGAGAUCCCUCCAGUAUAUUCCAGACCAAGAAACGAAACAAGGACACCUUACCCCGUGGCAUCAUUUAUGCCACAGCCAUCAGGGUACCCUUACCCUCAGGUGACACCGCAACCUGGUUACCCUACAACAACACCUUAUCCUACUGUAUCAAAUUUGCCAUACCCUAAUUUUGGGACACCUUAUCCAGGAUCAACUACUACAAAUGGCACUCCUUACCCACCAGCACCAACUACCACUCCAUACCCGCCUGCAAACAACUACACAAGUGGUCCAGAUGUUGCUGGUGGUACAAUAACUGAGGAGCACAUCAAGUUAUCUUUGCUUUCUGCUGUUCAAGAUAAACUGAGAAGGAGACUGACGGAGCAGUCUCAGCAGUCACAGGCAGAACUGGAGACUUUACGACGGACAGAACAGGAACUGCAGCAAGGCAAGACACGGCUUGAAGAUAUUCUAGCACGGUUGCAGAGAGAACGAAGCGAUUUAGAUAAAAAUGUAGCCAUUUUACAAGAAAAAGAAAAGGAGUUAGAAGCGGCUGUGGAGCGUUUGGCAGAGCAGGAAGGUGUUGAUGUUGAUGAGGCAGUUGUUACAACAGCUCCUUUGUACUCGCAGCUACUAAAUGCUUUUGCUGAGGAGGCCACUUUGGAGGAUGCAAUUUACUACAUGGGUGAAGCAUUACGUAAGGAAGUGAUAGAUCUAGACACGUUUUUGAAGCAAGUACGUACACUGGCACGUAGACAGUUCACCUUACGAGCUCUGAUGCACAAGUGCCGGCAGAAGGCUCAACUGGCAUGCUAGUAAUAAGUUUCAAUUUUGAAACCAAUAAGUCAGUACUAAGUGAGUAUAUUGGUAUGUGACUCAUAUUAAUUAAAAUAAUUUAUAUGCUUAUUACACACAGCAUCAUAAUCUAAAGAUGUUUUAUUGUUUUCUAUUUAUUUUCUGUAAAUCAAUAUAAAUUCAACUAUAAUUUUUAUUAUGAAAGGCAAUUUGUGACUAUUUGAAAUUAAUAGUGUAUUUGUUUAUUUACCAAUAUUGCAAUUACCUUUAAUUAUUUAUUGAAAUCAUAUUGAAAUGCUGUUACAUAUUUGUCAUUCUGUAUGUGGAUCAUUUCUAAUACUGUUCAAAAUAGAGAAUAACAAAGUCAUAAGUUAUCUUGUUCAAAUUGUAAUGAAAAAUUACAAUUAUAAAUAUUUUAUACUUUCAAUAAUGAGUAUAUAGAGAAAAUCAGGGUUUUUGUUUACAUUCAAGUGCAUUUGUUAUUCAACACUGUUAGAAUUUUAAUGCAAAACUAAUACUUGCAUGUAGAGUUAAGACAUAUUAUCACUAGUAUUAUCCUUUAUUCUAUCCUGCUAAGAAGAAAGUGCAUAGUGCAAGUAACAAAUUUUAUGAAAUUAACUAAAUUAUAUUCUCAGAUGCAUAUGUGAAAAUUUUUACUGGAACCUUUUGUAUAUUUGCUUUAAAUUUAGUUAAGCUUGAUUACAUCAUUUUUAAUUCAACUUUCUAGCCAUGAAAUUUGUGCUUUCUUCUUGACAGGUUAGUAUUAUUAUGCUUAGAUGUUAUAUCUGCAGUUGAGAGGUCACAUUUCACCAGUAGAAAUUUUAGUAGACUUGAAUUAUGCAAUUAUUUUAUUUGAAAUCGUAGAGAACACAUGAAUAUAAAUGCUCAGUUUAUGGUAUGUCUAUAGAGAAAUAUUUUCUCUAUUAGGUAAGUGCUAGACAAUAAGCAUUUUCAAUAUUAUGAAAUUCAUAUUAAGUUGGAAAUGUGUUCUAUCUUGCAGGCUUACUUCAACAAAGACAACAAAAUAGUUUAUAAAUUUUAUAUUAUGACAUGUUUAAGAAAUAUAACCCAUUGUAUUCUAUAUAAUCAAAUUGGAAUGUUAAUAUUUAAAUGUAAGGAUUUGUGCAGAUAAGGAAUAUUCAUCAACAUGCUUUUUGUCUAUCUGAACAGUACAUAGAGUUACAUUUCAUAACUUGAUCCAGUAUAGGACUCUAGGAAGUCCCUGGCUGGGAUAAAACUUGUCUCCAUAGUCUCUAAACAAAUAAAGAGGCAUGUUUAUUUCCACAUUGUUAUAAUUACAUCAUAUUAUGAACUAAAGAGGCAUAGACACAUGAAGUACAUGACAGUGACAGCACUAACUAUAGACUGGUUGGUGAAUACUAUCUAUGACAAAUACUAAUAUAAAUACUAAAUAGAAGCUAUCACUCUAUCAAUACUUGGCAGUGGGGUUGAUUUUGCCAUUUCUUUAAACAUAUUUCUAAAAUGAUCACUUUGAUAUCACAGAAAAUUCUUUAUUCAAUGUAUCAAUAUGAAUUUAAUUUCUGAUAUAUUUAAAAUUAUUGUAAAUUUAGUUUAUGAUGGUUUAUAAAGCUUCAAUUUUGCACUUAUCAAAUUAAAAUAUUAGGUUAAGAGAAAUGGCGUCUCAGAAUCGGUCCCAUUGGUAUUUACUGUUACAUAUUGGUAUUCUCUAUAACAUCUGUCUUUGUCACUGCUACAUACUAAUAACAUUGAGUAUUUCAUAUAUAAUUUCGAACACAAAAAUGCUGAUGAUCAUUAGUUGUAAUUCCAUAACAGCAUAGCAUUAUUGAUCAUAUGUAAACAUCAGAGAUUGAAAAAAGUGAAAACCAUUAAAUAUGGUGUCACAUAAAACAAGGUGAAGGUACAUGUUUGUCAUUGUAAAUCUAAAAGUGUUAUUUUAAAAUGAGACAUAAAACCCGGCUGCUUCUAUAAUGAAAUUAACAAAUAAUAUUUUCAGAAUGUUUAAUAUAAUAUAAAUAAUAAUAAUCAGUAUACGCAAAUAGGAUAUGUUUUUGUUUGUUUAUACACCAUGAUUCCCACUUUACAUCAGGUGGAACAUUAGCUUAUUGCUAUAUAAUACAAUAUAAAUAAGUAAAAAAAUUUGUAAACAAAUUUUUUUCACUUAGGAAAAGUGUCAUCUGAUACUUUACCUUUCAAUAGCUCUGUAAGACAGAAUCAUACCUUAUCUGUCAAAAUCAACAAGUCUAAAAAACUAUUUGGUUUCAGCAAGUAUACAAAAUUAUUCUGUAAAAUAAUUUACUUCAGCAGUUGGGUAAAUUUGUUUCCAAUAGCAUUAUUUUAUUAAUUUACUUCAUAUUGCAUAUGAAUAAGUUUUAGGCACCAAUACUGUCAAGGUUGUAGAUGGAUAAUAAUUCCAUUUUUAAAAUGAGAUUUAACAAGAUGCAGUGUAAUUUUUUAUUAUUGAAAUAAUUGUUCCUUCAUGGAUGUAUGUACAGUAGAUUAAAACAAUAUUAUACAUUAUUUAAUUUUAUAUAAAUAAUAUUACUGAGAGAUAAUUGUUAUAAGUUUUAUAUCUCGAAAAAUGUAAUUGUAUAAUGUUUGUAUCGCUCGCGUGAAUCGCGACUGAUAAGUCACAAUAAAUAUGAAAAUGUC